CUUCCUCCUCACACGGGGCGGGGCAGGGCGAACGGGAAGGCGCCUGUGAGAGCUGAGGUGACACAUCUCUGCCCGGCCAGCUUGAGUGGCAGCUGGGUCAGCAGUUCACGGGAGUUCGGACCACUCUUCCGUGGAGGCUUCGGGAUGAACUUGUGCCACGCAGACCCAGCGGAGCUGAGCAGCGGGGAGACCGAGGAGCUGCAGCGGAUCAAAUGGCACCGGCAGCAGCUUCUGGAGGACAUCCAGAAGCUGAAGGACGAGAUCUCAGAUGUGUUUGCCCAGAUCGACUGCUUCGAGCUGGCCGAGGAGAGCCGGAUGGCCCAAAAGGAGAAGGAGCUGUGCAUUGGGCGAAAGAAGUUCAACAUGGACCCCGUGAAGGGCAUCCAGUACCUCAUAGACCACAAACUGCUGACCUCCAACGCCCAGGACAUCGCCCGGUUCCUGUACAAGGGCGAGGGCCUCAACAAGACGGCCAUCGGCACCUACCUGGGGGAGAGGGACCCCAUCAACCUGCAGGUCCUGCAGGCCUUCGUGGACUGCCACGAGUUUGCCAACCUCAACCUCGUCCAGGCCCUCAGGCAGUUCCUGUGGAGCUUCCGGCUGCCCGGCGAGGCCCAGAAGAUUGACCGGAUGAUGGAGACCUUUGCCACCCGAUACUGCCUCUGCAACCCGGGCGUCUUCCAGUCUACAGACACCUGCUACGUGCUGUCCUUCUCCAUCAUCAUGCUCAACACCAGCCUCCACAACCCCAACGUCCGGGACAGGCCGCCCUUCGAGCGCUUCGUGUCCAUGAACCGCGGCAUCAACAACGGCAGCGACCUGCCCGAGGAGCAGCUGCGGAACCUCUUCGACAGCAUCAAGAGCGAGCCCUUCUCCAUCCCCGAGGACGACGGCAACGACCUCACGCACACCUUCUUCAACCCCGACCGCGAGGGCUGGCUGCUCAAGCUGGGAGGCCGCGUGAAGACGUGGAAACGGCGCUGGUUCAUCCUGACCGACAGCUGCCUGUACUACUUUGAGUUCACCACGGACAAGGAGCCACGGGGAAUCAUACCCCUUGAGAACCUCUCUGUGCAGAAGGUGGAUGACCCCAAGAAGCCAUUCUGCCUGGAGCUCUACAACCCCGGCUGCCGGGGCCAGAAGAUCAAAGCCUGCAAGACAGACGGCGACGGCAAGGUGGUGGAGGGCAAGCACGAGUCUUACCGGAUCUCGGCCUCCAGCGCCGAGGAGCGGGACCAGUGGAUCGAGGCCAUACGAGCCAGCAUCACCCGCGUCCCCUUCUACGACCUGGUCUCUGCUCGGAAGAAGAAGAUUGCCAACAAGCAAUGAACUUCGUGGGAGACGGUGCUGGGGGUGCGGGACCAGGUGUCCCAGGAACCCCAUGACCUCCCAGUCCAGGACACCCCUUCCUGGCCGGCGGGCAUCCUCCCCCUCCCCCCAUUACUUCAAGCUGACAGGAGGGGGUGGAACAGAGCUCAGGACGGUGGGUGGGAGCAGCUGAGGGCCCAGAGCCUGUAACGAGGCCCCUCGCACCCAGCCGCUGCAGGAGAGGCCGGAGGAAAUCAAGUAGGAGAGAAAUCAGCCCGAGAUACUCGGCCUCCCGUCCUUCCUCUGGGCCUCAGUUUCCUCUUCUGGGACUGUCUCCCCGCUCUCUGAAACGCGGUCCAUCUCCGCAGUAGGAGGGGCUGUGGGUUCCGAAGCUCCGCCUCCAGCGUGCCGAGCGCCCUCGUCCAAGUCUCCCCCUCUGAUUCUUGGAAAACCUUGAUGUUUGGGUAGAAACGGCUUGGCCCCUCUCCUCCCGGGCUGGCAGCCACAGCCGCAGUGCAGGUCCCAGCAGUCAGUGAGGUGGCUGCCUCCCACCUCCUUGAACUGCUUCCUCCAGGAGAAGACGGGAUUGCACCAGGUCUCCCUAAGGAGCUUCCAGCUGGAGAUGUCCGCACUUGCUCAGUAGCUGGAGGGGACUCUGGACUGAGCGCCACCAGGAAGCUGAGAGCGGAGUGGGCUCCACCCUCAGGAUGUCCAUUUCAGGGGCGAGGCGGUGGGACCCCUCCAGAAAACGGACAGAGCAUCCCAGACAGACAGACACACUCGAGCAGGACCAGCAAGCAGGUCUACUGACUCCACUUGGGCUCCUUCCAAGAAGCCAAGAAGAGAGAGCUUGUGUGGGUGUGGUGACCAGGAGGGCUGCCUGGAGGUGGCAGGCAAGUCCACGAGUGACACUGAGCUCAUGGCAGAGUCUCAGCCAAGACUUCCCCCCAGCGAGACCCCUGAGCAGGAUUCCCACGGAGGAAAUGGCAGCCUGGCUGGGCCCCCGCAUCCUGAAAAACGCUUUGCGGCGGCGCCGUGCAGAGCUGAGCCGGCUUCCAGCACACAGCGUGGGCACGCAGCUCUGUCUCCACGGAGGCCCCGGCCUGGAGGAGGGUGUUCAGAAGCGCAUCUCACCCCCUCGCUGAGGCCCUGGGGGAGUCCCCGGGGGGGGAGUUCCCCGUGGAAAGCAGGAUAUGAGCUUGCCUCCUCCAGCCUGAGAGGGCGCGUGGGAGCUGACUGGGUUCCCUGGGGAAGGGAGGCAACCUCUCCUCCCUCCACCCCCGUCCCCACUCGCACACCUUCCACGGGGUCAGGAGGGCCUUGGCGGGGUCAAGGCAGCCGCCUUGUGGACUGGGACCACUGUCUCUGGGAGUGGGCAAGGGCCUGGUGACAAUGUUACUCUGAGGGGCUGGGUCGGGCAGCUGCAGGAGGGGGUCUCACAGAGUACUUUAGGACCCCCACAGACCCCAUGCCGCGUCAGCCUGGUGCUGAGUGCCACCUCAGCCACCUCAUUGGCCCAUGAAGGGGCAGCCGGGGGUCAUAGGGGUCAUGGGGGAUCAUGGUCCCCAGACCAGUCUGGGGGUCACGGAGUCUGAGGCCCUCUCCUAUCCCUGGCAUACACUGGCUGUGGGAUCUAGUCCACUCCUGUCCCCUCUCUGGUCCUCAGUCCCCCCCACCCCCUGUCACAGAGGGUGGGUCAGUUUCUGGGCGUGAGUGGCAUGAAUCACUCAGAAGACAGAAUAAAAGUCGUGAGUGGG